AAAAGCUAAUGAUUUUUAGAAAACUACAUCAAGACCAGGAUCUUUGAAAUAGUGGGAUAGCAGGCGACUUCAAUAUCCAGAAUUCUGCAGGUCAACUCGGCCAAUAUAUGAAUCAAAAUGUCAAAAUCUGCAAAACUACAAAAAAACCAAGAAAAUAUACAAAGAAAGAAAAUUUUUCAUCAGAGUGUUUGAGGGUGCUUAACCACUGGAUUGACCAAAAUAUUGAUUUCCCUUAUCCUACUCAGGAGCAACUGGAGCAGCUUAGUAUGCAAACUGGCCUGAUGGAGAAGCAGAUCCGCAUCUGGUGCACAAACACUAGGAAGAGACGUCUUAAAAUUACAAGGGAGGAUUAUUUGAAGAAGCAUAAUCAAAAUUUCAACCGGCAGGUACAGAAGAAGAAAUUUGAACAAGAGAUGAAUGUUAUGCACCAGGGGUAUAGCCAGAAGCUAUCAAGCCAUCAGAGGGAUCUUUACAGUCUUCCCUUUCCAAUGAGCCCAGCGCCAAUUCAGGAUCUUCCAACAAGCUAUGACCUAAGUCCAUCAGCUUCUGGCCUCUCAGAGUACUUGUCAGAGGUAGGAUACUGCACUUGAGACUUGCAGAUGCUCUCAUUUGGAGCCACAACAGAGAUCUUUGGACUUGAGAAUUAAUAAUGGCUCUAACUCGGAAUUUCAUAAAGUUUUGCCUGAUUUGAAAUUUUCAUAUUAAAACUUUAUGAGGACUUAUGAAGGCAGUGAAUAAUUCUUGGAUAAAAUUUAAAUUCU